UCCCUUUCAUUACUCUGCCUCGCUUUGUCUCUCCCCACGCCCCCCCGGCUCUCUCUCUCUCUCUGGCUUUGAGGCAUCAACACCACUACCUACCCAACCCCACCCAAUUCUCUCUCUUUUUUUUCUUCUCUCAAUUUCGUUUGUUAAGUUUUCUUCAAAUCAAUCCAGCUCAGGAGGAGUUUCCGGCGAGUGUCAUCUCUCAUUUCAAAGGUGUUGGUGUAUCAUCCGCUGCUUCGUGGUGUCGGGGAGAGUGUGCGCGCUGUCUGAUUCUGAAACCUGAAUCUGUUGAGAUUUGAGAAUUACGGAAGAAUAUCUUUGAGGCGAAGGAUUGGAUGGCGUCAUCGGUGAUCUCGAAUCCCGUAACAAACUCCGACAGAUCACGCGAGUCGUCCAAAAGGAAAAAGAAGAAGAAAAAUCAAAUCCAGAGCCAAGUCAGAGAUCAGCAAAAUCAGAACCACACAAAAUGGAAGAGCCAAGUCCAGCAACAGCUUUACUCCUCCAAGCUUCUCCAAGCUCUGCGACAAGUUCGCCUCGGUUCUUCCAACGAGACGCCGCGCCGCGGCCGAGCCGUCCGCGAAGUCGCCGAUCGAGCUCUUGCCGUCGCCGCUAAGGGCAGAACCAGGUGGAGCCGCGCCAUCCUGACAAACCGGCUGAAGCUCAAGUUCAUGAAACACAAGAGGCAGAGAGUGACGGUGACCGGACAGAAUCGGUCGAAGAAGCCCAAAGUUAGUAUUCUACGUCUGAAAGGGAAGAAUUUGCCGGCUGUGCAACGGAAAGUUCGCGUUCUUGGCCGUUUAGUGCCCGGAUGCCGGAAACUUCCAUUGCCGGAUAUUCUGGAAGAAGCCACUGAUUACAUAGCUGCCUUGGAGAUGCAGGUCAGAGCCAUGACCGCUCUCACUGAACUCCUCUCCGGCGCCGGCGCCGGAGCCGGCACCACCUCCAGUAAUUCGCCGGCCGACACUCUCGGCUCGAGCCGGCCUCCGACGAGCUAAAUGUCAUAUAUUGCCACGUGUUUUUUUUUCUUUUCUCCCAUCCUUCUCGUAAUUUCCUGUUAAAUACAUGUGCUUUUCCUUUCUUUUUCUCUCCCUAUAAUUCUAUCUUUGAGAUUCUUAACAUUAUCUUCAAUCUGGAUAUUUAUUUUUGUGA